ACCUCCUGAAGUCCCUUCCAACCCUGAUAUUCUAGGAUUCUGUGUUCUGCCCCCAAACUGGGACAGGGCAGGCCUGGAGCUCUUACACUUACACUGGCUGGCGAGGGGAUAGAAUCAGGGGCUGGCUCCAUCUACUUUCAGGCACCUCCAUGCUGCCAGAGUGGUGUAAAGAGGCCUUGGUAUAACUGAGAAUCUGGCUCACAUGAAACAUAAAAGAGGAGGUGAACCAGCAUGUAGCAGCCUGGGCUACGGAAACAGAAAUGGAUGGUGACCUCCCCCACUGUGGGCAAACCAAAGUGAUUUGGUUCGGAUGUUUGGUAUGGGAACGAGGCACAGCUUGUGCAGUGAUUUCAGGGCUGUCCAAGAUUUCCUACUUGGAGAAUUGAAAUGACCCCAUUUGGAUAAUAUUGGUUUUUGAAGUGGCUCUGCCACAUGCUGCCAGUGUGGUCUUGUCAAGUCCCUUAACCUCUCUCUGCCUUGGUUUCCCUGUUUGUAGAAUGGGAAUAACUCUCUUUUCCUACUUGACAGGAGGACUGUGAGAAUGACCAGAUGCUCUGGGUUCCCCAGAUGGAAGGUGCCAUAAAAAUACAGAGACCUGUAUCCAAAGUAUCUGUAUCCCUGGUGCACUAAGAGCUGUGGAGCCCUUCCUAUGCAUGGGCUCCUGCCCUGCUCUUCUUACCCUCAGCCUGCAAUUCCUUCCUGGAGGAGGUUCCAUGCAAAGAACCAUCACCUCUACCCCAGGAUGGCACGGAGUCUAGCUCCAGUGACUGCCAGUUAUCAGACGCCCUACUUAUAGGAAGGCUCUGGCUGUAUGUUACUUUAGCACCAAUCAGGAUCAGGCCCCAUUGUGUGAGGUGCUGUACACACACACAGUAAAUGACUGCCCCUUCCCUGCAGAGAUUAGGAUAGGAGGUGACCUUGGAAACUGUGGAAGGAAAACCAGCAGCCAAUGGACGCAGACAGGGCUGAGUAACUUCUUGUGAUUUCAGGUGCAACUGACCUUUGAAGAUGUCACCAUCUCUUUCUCCCAGGAGGAGUGGGAGGUUUUAGCAGAGUGGCAGAAGGAGCUGUACCGAGAGGUGAUGAAGGAGAAUUGUGCCAGUCUGAUCUCACUGGGGUAUCAGUUUGAGAGUCCUGGCAUUUUAUCGCAGAUUGACCUCUCGGAUCAACUGGAUCUGAAAGGAAAAGAAUCACCUGCAUGUGAGUAUGCUCUCGGGGUCCAGCUCGAGGUGGAGAGGCAUGACGAAGGGUCUGAUGUAAGCCUGGGACAAGUCAGUAUAUUACCUGGGGACUCUAAGGAGCAGGCCUUGCAGGCUUCCGUCAAGGCAGAAGACUGCCCAAAUGAGAGCAGUGUCUCCAAGCAGAACAAGAGGCUGCCCACGUUAGCUCUGUCCAGCCUGAGUGACAGGAGGUCAGCUCCAAUCCCAAAUCCCUCGGGGCGGGACAAGAGGAAAAAGACCCAAUGGGAGAAGCACGUCUCAAAGCAUGCAGAUCCGGACCAUCACCAGCUCACACAUGCAGAGUGGACCCGCGUGUGCGCUGAGUAUGGGAAAUGCUUUGCUCAAAAGCAAGACCUGGCAGUGCACCUGAGAGUCCACACAGGGGAGAAGCGGUUUAAAUGCACCAAGUGCAAGAAGUGCUUCGCUCAGAAGCAACAGCUGCUCAGGCACCACGAGACUCACGUAACCAAGCCACCGUGCCUGUGCAGAGAGUGCGGGAGACAUUUUCAAACCAUUUGUGAUCUUCGGCGCCACCAGGUCACUCAUGCAAGAAAAACGCUGGUCUCAGUGAUCAUGGUUCCAACGUUCACGUUUCCUGUUGUGCGUUACAAUAAAACAAGCCAGGAGGCUUAAUCCGCUGAGCAGCAAGUUGCACAGAAAGAACAAAAAUGCAACAUCUCUUUGCACGAGGGGAAAACUUACCCGACAAAUGGAAACGCAUCAUGCGCCCAAGGUAGGAACAGCGUCCAAAAAGUGUAAAAAAUAUUCCCCCACCCAUCUGAUGGGAUGGACACUUUUAUGCUCAUUGUUCAAUCCACCCUUAGUCUGACCUCCUGGAUAAAACAGGUCAUAGAAAAUCCCCACAACAAUUCCCGCUGAUGUCCAAGAAGGUUUAGAAUCUAGCUCUCUCCCCCUUACCUGGUCUAGCGCUGGAGAACUAAACGGAGUCAAAGUAGUGGACAUCUUUGUCGUUAAAGUCGGUCGAGAGGACGGUGAAAACGUGUGUGCGCACACACAGAUCUGUCACUUAGGAAAGUCUCCAGGAAUUGCUUUGUGACCUUUAGGGUGGCGCGGUGCUUCAGCUGUCUUCUGAUAGACAUGAGGUGAUGCAACAUGUGCUGAGGUGUUAGAGCUGAUGGAGCCACCAGGCUCUCAGGAUCUCCAGGCAAUUUUUUAAAAAGUCGAGGAGCACUGAAUAGCAAUUCCUAAUGCAAGGGUGAGCUUUCUACUGCUAGGCUGCCAGUUUAAAUCUCGCUGGGGUUGAUAGUGAUGGAAUGUGGCCUAUGGGAAAUGAAUAUGCUGGGUCUCAGCCAUUUUACCAGUAGACAGAUCUCCAUAUACCCUUCCUAAAUUGGCCCCCUUCCUGGCCAGCAGAGAGGCUGAGGUUUGAAUGAGUUGUGCAGAAUUACUGGUCCUGCCUGCUGGAACUGGACUUCCCCAGAUCAAGAGCACGGCUUGCGUUGCUUGCACCACGCUGUCUAUGUACAUGCUCUGGGAAUAGAGGAAGCCUGUCUCCUGGGCUGUCACCUUUCUCCAGCACCACGCUGACACACGCAAACAUUCAGACACUUUUUAAAAAAAUCUUGUGUGAAGUUUGUGUGCCUGGUGCUUCGCUGGGCCAGGCAUGGGCUUGAUCUUCCUGUCCUUGCGCCGCCUCCUCUGUGGGAGCUUGGAAGGCCCAAGAACAGCUGGCAUCAGCGACGGUGUUGGGCGUGCGCUGCAGACUUCGCUCGGAAUGCACAUUCCUCGUUCACUGGUGUGAAUAGCAAUGGCAGAAACCAGUGUGUGUCUCUUGUGGUGAGAGAAGGGAUUUAUUGCAUUGUUGUCGCAUGGGGUAGAACCGUCCAGCAGUUGGGGAUGUAAAAUGUUAAAUGGUUAACGAUUAGCAUUAGUCUUACCGUUAAUAGAUUCCAGUUAACAUUUAAAACAGAUUGUAAUAGCCAACGUGCACAUCAAAAAUAGCACAGCAAUACCCAGGGGAUGCGGGAGCUUGCAGCGCUUUCGCAGCUUGGGGUGCCGCUGGAUCAGCCUGUGCCCACCACUGGGGGCAGCCAGGCAGCCCCCCCAGCUCUGCUUCUCUUGCAGCUGGCUGCAGCAGUGGGUCUGCCUGGGAACACAGAUCUGCAGAAACACUUGGAUCUGCCCUGGCACUGCUGCUCUCCCAGCAGUGAUCUGCCGAAUUAGCUGGUGCCUAGAAACUGGGAGAGCGAGGGGUGGCAGCGCGCAGCCAUGCACAUACAAAUGAUGCCCCAGGCCACUGCACUCCACCUCUGAGGAGAGACAGCAGGGUGGGUCCCCCCACGCCAGGGGUAGAUUGUGAACUGGUGAAUGAUUAAACAGUUAACGAUAUAAUUUUAAUAGUUUAAACAGGUACUUCCUUAAACCAGUUACAUCCCUAACAGCAGUACCUGUGAAUCCUGUGUAAUCUCAUGUUCCGUGUGCAGGGUGUUUGGAGCAAUAGUGUAUUACA